AACUCCCAUCGAAGAGUUAAAUACUGAGCGUCCGAUCGACUCAGAUCUUUAUUUAUACAUAUAUAAUCCAACGGUCUUAAAGUGAGCUCGUAACCUAUUUGUUAUUUGCUGGAUCUAUUUUGCUUUCACACUCUUUCGCUCUCCCCCCCUCUCUCUGUUGAAUAUCAUAAUUAUUCAACGGCCGACGAGUGAGUGGUGACGUUGUAGAGACGAUCUCUCUCGUUUCCUUUGGUAGAUCUUGCUGUCCUCUUCCCUGAUCUGGGUUUUUUCGCUCUUCAAUGGCUGCUCCAAGAGCUCGAGCUGAUUACGAUUACCUCAUAAAGCUUCUCCUGAUUGGUGAUAGCGGUGUUGGUAAGAGUUGCCUUCUUCUACGUUUCUCAGACGGUUCUUUCACUACUAGUUUUAUCACAACCAUUGGCAUUGAUUUUAAGAUAAGGACCAUUGAUCUUGAUGGAAAACGCAUCAAGUUGCAAAUUUGGGAUACUGCUGGUCAAGAACGGUUCCGAACGAUUACCACUGCUUACUAUCGUGGAGCCAUGGGUAUUUUGCUUGUGUAUGAUGUUACCGAUGAGUCAUCCUUCAAUAACAUCAGGAAUUGGAUUCGUAACAUUGAACAACAUGCUUCUGACAAUGUCAACAAGAUACUGGUGGGUAACAAGGCUGACAUGGACGAAAGCAAAAGGGCUGUUCCUACUUCCAGGGGCCAAGCUCUUGCUGAUGAAUACGGCAUUAAGUUCUUCGAGACUAGUGCAAAGACAAAUCUAAACGUGGAGGAGGUUUUCUUUUCAAUAGCUCGGGAUAUUAAGCAGAGACUUGCAGAUACUGACUCCAAGGCUGAGCCUCAGACAAUAAAAAUAAACCAGCCAGACCAGGGAGGAGGGGCUUCUCAAGCUGCUCAAAAAUCAGCUUGCUGUGGUUCUUAGAUAAAACAGGUGGAAUAUGGGGGCAGAAAGAGGGAGGGGGGGGGUGCAUUUUCGGUAACCUUUUGUAGUGGGAAAAACUAAUUUGUUAUUAUAUGAUUGGUGCUUUGCAUUGACCUUCCUAUCACUAUUUUACAGCUACUGAACAAUUUGGGUGUGAAUGGUAGAAUCUCGAUAUAUCUUAAGAGAGUUAUUAUGUAUUAGGGAGUUUCCUGUUAUUUUAUUUGGUGUUUGAGGACAAACUUUGUAACUCUUUGAUUUCCUUAACGAUGUUUAUGUCUUAAGCUCGAUUUUCCUUGAGUUGAAUUUGUUAAAUGUAUUUUGCUCUAUCAAUGAAGCGUAACAUCGUUUCUUGUGCUA